GUAAGGCCCGCGCGUGCGCGGCGCUGGGGGGGGGAGUGGUUUGUGCGUCACGUGAUCGGCGGGGGGGGCGCGGCCGCGGCCUCAGCGGCGUGAGGAGAGCCCCCGCCAUGGCCGAGCAGAUCCAGAAGAAGCUUCAGGGAGAGUUGGAGAAAUACCAACAACUGCAGAAAGACCUGAGCCGGGCCGUGGCGGCGCGGCAGAAGCUGGAGGCUCAACUGACCGAGAACAACAUCGUGAAGGAGGAGCUGGAGCUGCUGGACGCCACCAACACCAUCUUCAAGCUGAUGGGGCCGGUGCUGGUGAAGCAGGAGAUGGAGGAAGCCAAGGGCACGGUGGGGAAGCGCCUGGAGUACAUCACCGGGGAGAUCAAACGCUACGAGCAGCAGAUGCAGGAGCUGGAGCGACGCUCGGAGCAGCAGCGGGAGACGCUGGGGCGGCUGCAGCAGGAGCUGCAGAGGGGCCAGGGCAAGGGCUGAGGGGGGGCCUCUGUGGGGACCCCCCCCAUGGGGAUCCCCCCUAUGAGGACACCCCAUUUAUGGGGUCAUUUCUGUGGGGACACCCCAUUUAUGGGGAUAGCUCUAUAGGGGCACCUCCCUAUGGGGACAUUUCUAUAGGGACACCCCAUUUAUGGGGACCCCCCCCAGCCCCUAUAAUCCUUUAAUAAAGGGUUAAAGCUGUUACUGA